UGUUUAGGAACAAACCCGAUGCGUGCGAUAGUCAUACACUAAUUUUAAAAUACAUUUAUACGCAUUUGCGUAUCUCAACGUGUACAGCUCUUAGAAACGGCACCAUAGUACAUGUAAAGUAAGGGAAUUUUGCCCAUUCUGAAUUUGGGCAUUAUCGAGAGUGCCUCGGUGGGCGAUCACGUUUUCACUCGGAGCUGUGAAUCAUUUUGACGACGUUUAACAAAGGAUUAGAUCGCAGAUUGCGUGCGUAAUGAUUUGCUUUAAUGUGUUAGUGCCAUAUACUCGACGGAGACAACGCAGACUUUGCGUAUAUUGUUGUUGUUUUAUAACACGCUGUUGCACAGCCUUAUAUUAGCGCAAGAUAGAGUAUCCUAGCAGAGUGAGGAUUCAUCAAUUGGGGGCAUGAUGUGGGGUGGAAGAGGAGUGGCUUGGCUGUGGAUUUGGGCCUGUUUACUGGUGACUAAUGUACUGGCUGGAAAAAGCUCCAGUCAGAAUACAGAUGAGCAGAAAGACAACACCACAGUUUUCACCAGGAUUCUGGACAGCCUCCUCGAUGGCUAUGACAACCGUCUGAGGCCCGGCCUUGGAGAGCGUGUAACCGAAGUGAAGACUGACAUUUUCGUGACAAGCAUUGGACCGGUGUCAGACCAUGACAUGGAGUACACCAUAGACGUGUUCUUCAGGCAGAGCUGGAAGGACGAGAGGCUUAAGUUCAAAGGUCCCAUGGCAGUGCUUCGUCUUAACAAUCUGAUGGCCAGCAAAAUAUGGACCCCCGACACGUUUUUCCACAAUGGCAAGAAGUCAGUCGCCCAUAAUAUGACUAUGCCCAACAAACUCUUACGGAUUACAGAAGAGGGCACUCUACUCUACACCAUGAGGCUCACUGUCAGAGCUGAAUGUCCCAUGCACUUAGAAGACUUCCCGAUGGACGCCCAUGCUUGCCCUCUCAAAUUUGGCAGCUAUGCCUACACAAGGGCUGAAGUGGUGUACGUGUGGACACGAGGGGCAGCACAGUCCGUGGUGGUGGCUGAUGAUGGCUCCCGUCUCAACCAGUACGAUUUGAUGGGACAGACCGUUGACUCGGGCGUUGUGCAGUCCAGUACUGGAGAGUACGUUGUCAUGAAAACACAAUUCCACCUUAAAAGGAAGAUCGGAUACUUUGUCAUCCAGACGUAUUUGCCAUGUAUCAUGACGGUGAUCCUCUCCCAGGUAUCUUUCUGGCUAAACAGAGAAUCUGUCCCUGCCAGAACUGUGUUUGGAGUGACCACUGUUCUGACCAUGACAACCCUGAGUAUCAGCGCCAGAAAUUCUCUCCCCAAGGUGGCCUACGCUACAGCCAUGGACUGGUUCAUUGCUGUUUGCUAUGCCUUUGUCUUCUCAGCUCUCAUUGAGUUCGCCACGGUAAACUACUUCACAAAGAGGGGUUACGCAUGGGAUGGGAAAAGUGUGGUGCCAGAAAAGCAAAAGAAGAAGAAGGAGUCCUUACUGAAGAAAAACAACACCUACACCGCUGCAACGGCCACAUCUUUUGCUGCCAACAUUGCCAGAGACCCUGGUUUGGCAACUAUUGCUAAAAGUGCCCCCCCACCCCCAACCGAGCCCAAGGAAGAGCCCAAGCCCAAACCACCUGAGGCCAAGAAGACCUUCAACAGCGUGAGCAAGAUUGAUAGGAUUGCCAGAAUAGCGUUCCCGCUGCUCUUCGGAACCUUUAACCUGGUGUACUGGGCAACUUACUUGAAUAAAAAGCCCAAAAUACAGGGUGCCCUACAACCCCACUAAUUCUACCCCUUUUGUUUUUCUUUCAUUUGUUUUUGUUUUCUUUACUAUAACAAAAAAUAACUAUUUGUCUCAGUUUUGUUUCAAUGAUAGUCAAUCUCCGAUUUUGAAAUAUAUCAUAUGUAACAUCUUCCUAAAGGAAUGAGAGACGUCUGCAUUAUGAACAAAUCACUGCAUUGAAAGGGAGCUCUUACUAUACUAUACACUAUACACAGACACAAUAUAUCAUACUUGAGAAAAUGCUAAUCUGCAAACACACGUAGAAUAAUAGUUAAUAAUAGUUCCCUUCUAUUUCUCAAAGGAAUAGCUGACCAAAUGAUUUAUCGACCCUUGUGUCAUUCUAAACCUGUCUGCUGCUAUAUUUUAAUGGAAACACAAGAAGAAUUUGGAAGAAAUAAAUGGCAUAAAGGCAUUCCAUAUUCUAAAAAUCGUUUUGGAGCAUCAUUACUCAUUAGUCACAAUUAAUGUUGGAUUAAAAGAACUGUGCAAAGGUUCUUUUUCUAAUGGGCACAAAAUAACAGCAUACAAUUUUGAAAUGACAUGAAGGUCAAUGACAGAAUCUUUGGUGAAUGAAUUUGUUGUGGCUUCGUAAUAUGUUUCACUCACCAUUAAAUUAAUAUUUUGCAUUAUGAGUUUAUGUAUUUAGAUGAUUCUGUUUGCAUGGGGGAAGCUUAUCUGUUUCUGUACCCAGUCAACAGCUUGAUUUAAACAAUGCUACCUACAAUCACAGUCAUGUGAUGACUUAUACUGCACUUUCUUUGGUCUGUGUUCUGGAUAUUAUUUUAUCUUAUAUUAUAAUACGGUUCCAUUAACAGCAAUAAAACGGGAAAAAGAAAAAUAAUCAUUUACUCAUAGAAAUAAAAAAGUAGAGAAAUUCAUGAAGAUUAUUGUGUAUAUCUUAGCUUACUAUUUCAUGUAAAUAUAAAUAUAAAGUGUUAGAGAUGUCAAUAUAAUUUUAAGCUUUGCUAAAUGUAACUACAAGGUACAAACACUUUGUGCUUAACAGAGAGAGAGAGAAAGCGAGAGAGAGAGAGACUAUUGUGUUUCAAGUUCUGUGACACAUGGAGACAAUUUGGUGUGUGUGUGUGUGUGUGUAUAUAUAUAUAUAUAUAUAUAUAUAUAUAUAUGUGUGUGAUCUCUUUUUUGAUCCACUAGACAGUUGUUUUGGAUUCAACAUUUGAUGGCAAAUAUACAUCAAUGAAAAGUAGUAUAUUUGUGCAUUUGCACACUUACAUUUUUGAAGAUGGACUACAGUAGAUACUUAGAAAGAAUGUAAACUAUUGUCUUGAUGUUGGAAUGCGAUUUUAUAUUUAGCAUUAAAUUACUCUUUAUUCUG